CUCAUACUCUCGUCCAUUUUCCGGGAGCGUUGGCCGUUUUUGAGCUCUCCCAAUAAGUUUUUUUUGAAUUCCGAAAAAAUGCAAUUUUUUGAAUGAAUAAACUGAUGGCUUUUGCAGUCGUAUCAAAAUAACUAGAUUGUUAUUUUAUACCGGUUUCGCGAGUGAGUUUCUGAGAAAUGACUAGGAAACAUUAUUGGUUAUGAUUUUAAAGUAACAUGAGACUCGGAGACGGGGGCCCCGGCCCCCCUGUUUUAGUGACUUUAGUGACAUUAAUUCUCAUUUUAUGUAACAAUGAGUUUGUACGGGCCGAUAAAAGCAAAUCCUAUUCAAUGCAAACGUUAUGCAAAAACCACUUCCUGCAGCAACUCUAUCGGAAAAUAGACGGUGCCGUUUUAUGGAGCCAGAACGAGCGAAAUUUGGAUUGCGUGAUCACAUUCCAAACACACUCUAUUCUUCAACGGUUUAUGCUCAGAUUUGAUGGCUUACAAUUGGAUUGUAACGACCAUCUUUUUAUUUACGAUGGAGCACACGCCGUGGGAACUUAUAAGUUCGACUUGUCCUGCAAAAACACAAAGCAAACUCUCGGUGCCAUGUUUACGAGAACCAAUUACGUAACGCUGAAAUAUGUUACGGAUAAUUGGGGUACCGACACCAACGGAUUUAAACUGGUUAUUACUGCAGUUAAGGAUCCAAAACACGAUUGUACAGAAUUCCGAUGCAAUCUACGAGAAUUUUGUAUAGCAACUGAUUUGGUUUGCGAUGGAAUCAAUCAUUGUGCAGACGGAUCAGACGAAUCGUCCAAUAAUUUAUGCCAAAACAACGAUACGGGUACCAUCCUGGGCCUGGAGGUCACGUGGUUCGUAGUAGUAGUUAUCAGUACAGUUUUAGUACUGCUGGUAGUUAUUGUAGCAGUAUCAGUGUGCGCUUGUAGACACGGAAGUUGGAAUAAUAGACACGGGAAUUCUGUACAGCAACAGAAUGCGUCCUAUUCAUUAGCGCAAAUGUAUGGCUCAAACGGUCACAUGCCAGUAAAACCGGGUGGUGGUAGUACCACGACCCUAGCCGACGGAGGAAUGUUACACGCGACGUCGGGAAACUGGUGCCACCCUGCGGGCCCACAAGGGUUCCGCACGCAUCCGGCCCGGGGCCGCCCCUACUGCCCGGCAGGGUAGCCGCGCCGCCCGCGGUCGCCCCUCAGAAUGGGGGGAGCGACGCGCCGUCCGCGCAGCAGAAGGACGAGUGGUUCGUCUAACAGUAGGAGCGACCGGGUCGUAGCCUGCAGGGUGAGCCGAGUGUGCACCGAACCCAGCUAUCUCGGCCAACAGCGCAGUUUCCUACGAUACUGACAAUCCACGACAACAAACGUGAGAUUGAUAAAAAAAUUAUAUUAUUUUUUAUUUUUAUUUUAAAAUUUUCCCAGUCACCAUGAAUAGUUAGGUAGGUAUGUAUACCUAGCAAAUGCUCAUUUUUAUUAUUUUAGUAGAUAAAUCACUAAAAAAAUUGUGAGUGAAAUAAUUGUCUGACCUAAAAUGAUAUUCAAAGUGACUGAUGUCAACAAGUAUUCUUUCAAACUGCGAUCAGCAAACCUUGAUGAAAAAAAAUCAUAGCUAAAUAUUCAUCGUCCAUCACUGCACUAUACAGAAAUCCCAUCCAGCUAAAAUGUUUUUAAUGAAUUUUUAAGUUUUUCUUCGUUCAUGGCUCUACUCAAGAGAAAAAGGGCGGUAAAACCAUUUUCCGGAUCAUCCUUCAUAAAACUAUCAUAAAAAGUUCUCAAAAGUUUCCCUUACUCUGGAAACUGAAAAAUCUGGCUCUGCUCGAAAAGAACUAUAUACGUUUUAAAACUUUCCAGCAGUAGUAGCGCCUACACAGCAAGUAUGUAGGGGCAAAGAAUAUAAUAGACUCCGUCUAUAGAAGACCCGUCCGCCGGCGAAAAUAUAAACCCGCGUGAUGGCGCUACUGUGCUACCAAAAUCCUUCGUUUCUGUGAUUAAAUUAAUUUGAGGCACCAAAUACACGGGUUAUUGCGGAGCUGCGUUGCCAAGUUGUGACUGGCUAUGUUCAGCACCGUGCAAUUCACUAUUAUGAUAACAAAUAAUUGGAAGUUUUGCUAUUGGGUAGGUAUUUCAUGUGACUGCACCAAUUUAAGUACACAAAUUGAUAAUUUUAGUAUAGAUUUUGUAUAGGAAAUUAAUUGUCUGUGUUUUAUAGGUAGGUAUGUACUUAUUAUGUACAGUUGCGGCCAUUGGAAUUGGCACAAAUUUUUGAAUGCACCUUGUAUUCCAUCAAAAAAAUGAACUAUUUGACUUUUUGAAGUGAAAACUUCUUUAGAAUCGUUGGGAGUGAUUUGAGACUCGAUGAAAUGAAAAAGCGACCCGAUGAAAUGAAACGAAAAGCAACACUUUUUUAACACGCUUAUAAUUAACACACAAUACACAACAAGAACCUGGAACAAGCCAAGUGAGCUGGAACAAGUCUGGAAAAGUCUGGAAAUCUCUGAAAACGUCUAGAAAAAACCUGGAAAUUUCUGGAAAGGGUCGGAAAAAUUCUGCCAAAGGUCCCAAAAGACCUGGGGAUCAUUUUCCAGAAUCCGGAUCAGUAUGUAUGUCUGGAUAAGAUCUGGAUAAAGUCUGUAAAACUCUGGAAAACCCUGGAUAAGUCUGGGUAUUGUCUGGAAAAGUCUGGAAAUCUCUGGAAACGUCUGGAAAAAGCUUGGAAAUUUCUGGAAAGGGUUGGAAAAAUUCUGAAAAAGGUCCCAAAAGACCUGGGGAUCAUUUUCCAGAAUCCGGAUCAGUCUGAACAAGUCUGUUAAAGUCUGGAUUAAUCUGGAUGAAGUCUGGAAAACUCUGAAAAGCUCUGGAAACGUCUGGAAAGAGCCUGGAAAUUUCUGGAAAGGGUCGGAAAAAUUCUGCCAAAGGUCCCAAAAGACCUAGGGAUCAUUUUCCAGAAUCCGGAUCAGUCUGUACAGGGUGCUGCAAUUUGGAGUGUUUUUACAGAAAAAACACAAUUCCAGACCAGAUAGAGGAAAAUUGACUUAGAUAUCAUGGAAUCGAUUUUCGAGAAACGUCGAUUGUCAAAAACCGUAUCGCGAUAUCUUCAAUGGUACCAUUAAUACAUGGCGAUUUUCGAUUUUCCCCUAUUAUGAAAAAUGGCCAUAAGUUUUUUAUUUAUCAAUUUUUUUCAUUUCUGUAAAAACAUUAUGGAGACACUUUUUUGAGCACAAUCCAAUGGCGGACUCGGUUUUUUUCUAUAUCGCUCCGAUUUCGAGAUAUCGACCAAAUUCCGAUAUUUUCAAAUGAAACAUCCUCUAUAAUAAUAGCUCAUUGGAUAGCUCUGUUUUUGCUCAUUUCAAUGAUAUAAAGUUCGAUAGGUUUAUCUCUAACAGUUUUCUAGAAAAAAAUUUAUAUCUGUUUCAGUCAUAAGAAACAAUGUGUUAGAAAGAGACCUUCCUCACUUUCCUUACACAUAUAAAAUCCUUUUCUAACACAUUGGUCCUUACGACAAAAAUAGAUAUGAUUUUUUUUCUCGAAAACUGUUAGAGAUAAACCUAUCGAACUUUAUAUCAUUGAAAUCAGCAAAAAGAGAGCUA